GGCACAGCAUUGAACGAGGCAUUGCGUCGGCUCAGUCAGAAGGCACAAGCGAAACGUGCCACAAAACUUGCGGAAGUGAAUUGUGGCAAUUUCCUGUGAUUUGCAUUAACGACCUUUAGGGGGGCUGACCUUUAAGUGACCAGGGACAGUGGACAGGCCAAUAGAUAGUAGCAAAGACUGCCAAGUGCAUUCCGAGCUCAGAACUCAAAGAAGCAACAUCAAAUGUAUCGAGAAGUGUUUGUUGUGUUCAUUUUAGCUGGCACUGUGCUCGCUGCCAGCGUUGUUAACGUCGACAACAAUGUGCUGAAUUUUGGCCAGCAGUUGGAGCAGUUUUUGGACAACAGCAUAUCGCCAUGUCAGGAUUUUUAUGGCUAUGUUUGCGGACGCAGUUCCAAUGUCAAUCAGACACUGCGUCGGCAGCAGGAACAGCAGCAUCUCCAGCAGCUGAUCAAGGCAACAAAGCCUGGCCAGUUACUGGACAUGGAGCUGCAGCUGAUUAAUUUUUACAAGUCCUGCGAGAAUAAUCGUGGUGCCGAGGUGUUAAGAACAUCUCCGCUUUAUAGGAACAGCGGCGGCUGGCCAGCUCUGGAGGCGACCAAUCGGACAUUGAAUUGGCUGGGAUUGAUUGGAUACUUUCACGAGAUGGGUGCACCCUACAUCUUUGAGACCAAGAUUAGCAUGCAGUCCAACAGGCGAUUGGUAACAAUUCAACCGGACCUCACCAGACGCCACACAAUGCGCAAAUUCGAGCAGCGUGUGGGAGAAUUGUUGCAAGAAUUUGGCGUGGAACAAAGUCGAGCUCAUGUGGCAUCGCUGGAGGUGCUCAGCCUGGAGCGCAGUCGCCGUGACAUUGUCAAGAUGGAGCGCAUUGACGAACCGGUGCAGUUUAGUUAUGCCAAUUUCAAGCGCAGCUCAUUGGGAAAUGUGUCAAUGAGUCGCCUCGACUGGGAUGGUUACUUCAAGAAGCUGCUGGGCGGGAAGACGCUGCAACCGACGGAUACGAUUGUGGUGAAGCAACUGCCUCGACUCGUGGACUAUAUGCAGCUGUUGCAAAACACAAGCAUGCACCGCCUGCUCAAUUGGAUAUGGAUUGAUUAUCUCAUUGACAUUGCUGCCGCCGACUGUCAGCAGCUGGUGGAGACUUACGCUGGUGAUGUCUACGCUCAUCUGUUGCAACGUGUGAGCGCGGAUCGCGUGCAGUUGACCCAAAUGUAUGCUGCCAUUGGCAAAUCUUACAAGUCACAGCUGUCGGGCAGCAUUUGGAUCGAUGAGAUCUCUGAGCAGGCCUCCCAGGACUUUUUGGGUCAGAUCAUGCAUCUAACGCUAACUGGAGACGAUCGUCUGAACGAUGCCUACCAUGAUUUACAGCUGGGCAGAAGAAGCUUCUAUCGGAAUAUGGAAAAGUUGCGUCGCUUCCAGCACAAGAGACUGACGAUCAAUAUGGCUUCACUGCCGAUGCGGCAAUAUGCGCAAAUCUUCGAUACUGUCAACGGUUUGUGGCCCCAACUGAAUGUGAGCACUCCGUUGAACUAUGUGCUGGUGGGAGAGCGUUUCGCACGUUCCCUAAUCGCCGCUGGGAGCAGCAGUCGCACUCCUGGCGCCUGGCGCAGCAUGGACUCGGAACGACAGUUUACCGCCUUCCAGAACUGCAGUCAUGUGCCCACCACGGACAGCAUGAUUAAUGCCAACGAUCUGUUAUUGGGUAUGCUCGGCCAGCGUCAGGCUUGGAGUUGCUACACACAAUGGCUGGGCCAACAAGCGGCGGCAACAAUGCGUCUAAACACUCUGCUCGCCGCGGGCCGCAUCCAGUUGUCUCUGCAGCGACUCUACUUCAUUGGCAGCCUGCUCGUGGACUGCCGCGAGAGUCAGCCGGGUGCAGUGCAGCAGGAGCGUAAGAGGCAGCUGCAACAUGCCAUCUUGCGUAACUCGCCCGAGUUCACGGAGGCUUUUGGUUGCCGCAUUGGCGAUGCGCUCUACGCGCAGCAGCAGCGCUGCAAACUUAGUCCAAGUGUGUAAUACACACACACACACACACACACACGAACACUGAGAGAAACAGAGAGACACUCACACACAAGCAGAAGAUACUUGACAGCAGAUUGGCAAAGUUAAAAAGUUGUCAGCAGCUUUAAUGCAUAAUAAAUGUUUGAAACAGCAAGAGAUUGAAAGGAUUUUGGGGUAUUUUCAUUGUCGGCAGACCUUGAACUUUUAUUUUACUUUUGCUGUUCUAUGCUAACGUUAAAAA